AUGGCCCGCGCCUCCACCACCCCCAUCAGCGACUACGAGCGCCAGCGCCAAGAAAAAAUCGCCCAAAACCAAGCCCUCCUUCGCUCCCUCGCCCUCGACGCUGCGUCCGCCGGCCUGGGCCCGUCGCGUCCGAAUAAACCCACCGCCCCGUCAUCCUCGAAGCGCAAGACAGCUCCGAAGAAAGAGAAGGAGGAAGUUGUUCCGCGACGCGUGUCAUCGCGCCUUCGCGGGAUCGGCGCAGAUAGCGAGGCCGCGAAGCGGAAGAUGGAGGAGAUCGAUGACGGGAGGCGGGCGGCAGAGCGGGCGAAGCGGAUGAGGGUGAGUGGGGAGUUAAAAUUGGUGGAUGUGAAUGUAGGAGGGACGGGGUGGGAUGGGGGUUUUCCGGAGCAGUUUCAGCGGACGUUCACGGUGGACGAUGUCAAAGAGACGGCGGAUGGGGGCUUGAGGGAGUUGCGGGAGCGGAUGAUGGGGCUGACGCUGUGGGGGGACGUCGAGCCGAAUCGGAUUAAGCUGACGCCGGAGCGGGUGUAUUCGCUCACGUUUCAUCCCAAUCCGGAGAAGCCGCUGGUUUUUGCGGGCGAUAAGUUGGGGAAUCUGGGACUGUUCGACGGCGCUCAGGAGCGUCCCGCCGAUAUCAAAGCAGAGGAUGAUGACGACGACGAGGUGGAGGAGGCUCCCAUUGCCGUGACCACCUUCAAAAUCCACACAAGGACCAUCUGUGCUAUGCAAAUAGGGCCGGCAGAUUCCAAUAAUCUGUAUACCGCUUCCUACGACUCAUCGAUCCGCGUGCUGGAUCUGGUGAAAGGAGUGGCGACGGAAGUAUACGCUCCCGCCGAUCCGGAGGUGGAGAAUGCGAUAUCAGGGCUUCAAUUAGUGAAGAGCGAUCCGAACCUUCUCUACUUCUCGACCCUCGACGGCGAAUUCGGGAUGCACGACCUUCGCACCCCGAUGUCCGAGACGAACGCGCUCUACCAGCUCUCCGAGAAGAAAAUCGGCGGGUUCUCCGUGCAUCCGAAUAAGCCGCACUUCCUGGCGACCGCAUCUCUCGACCGCACGAUGAAAUUGUGGGACUUACGGAAGAUCAGCAAGUCCCUUCCUGCGUUGGUUGGGGAGCAUGCCAAUCGGCUGAGCGUUUCGCACGCGUCGUUCAAUUCCGUGGGGCAGGUCGCAACCGCAUCCUACGACGACACCGUGAAGAUCUACGAUUUCGGAGCGUGCGCAAAGUGGUCGGCCGGUCAUACUCUGUCCGAAGAAAAGAUGGAGCCGACGACCGUUGUGAAGCACAACAAUCAAACGGGGAGAUGGGUGACGAUCUUGCGUGCGCAGUGGCAGGCGGAUCCGCAAGAUGGCGUUCAGCGAUUCUGUAUUGGGAACAUGGACCGGUUCAUCGAUAUCUACACCAGCAAGGGCGAGCAAUUGGCACAGUUGGGCCACGACAGCAUCACCGCCGUCCCGGCUGUCGCGCAAUUCCAUCCGACGCGCGAUUGGGUAGCGGGGGGGAACGGGAGUGGCAAACUGUCUCUGUUUAUGUGA